CUAUUGUUGGUUGAUGUUUUGACUCGCGGGUGCUCGCUUUCCCUUUGCACUUUCACCCAAAUGAUCUCCACUCGACUCGUUUCAACCUGCUCACUCAUCUCCCCAGCAGAAAAUAAAAUAUUUACAACAAAGGUCAUGGGUCAACGUCACGGCAAGACCGGUGUGACCUCUAUUCCUACGAAUCCCGCCUGCUUUCCCCUCCUCCCUGACAAGGACCUCAUUCUCAUCUCUUCCACCGCCGCCUCCAGCGUUUCUAGGCUCCGACAAAUCCUCCAGCUCGCUACCGGCCUUGUUUUCGAUGCGGCGCAAAUGUCGACGACGACCUUCUGCCUCACCGCCGUCUCCACACUAGUCAGCUUCACGCUCGACCACCUCAACUCUUCUCAAGAAUCAUGCGUCACGAUGACCUCUGGCGACACGGUGGCCACCUCGUCCAGUCUGGAGGAAAGCUUGUUGGCCGCGAAGAUCGACAAAGUGGUCGUGUCUGGAGGCAUUUUGGCGUUGAGGGCAAAGUUAACCGCGAUCCAGAACCGGUACGAGCGCCUUCUAGAGCCAAACUCUAGCCUCGACUGGGCGGACCGUCGCCUCGAAGUCAUUCCAGCUCUCGUCCUAUGCGAAGAAAUUUUGGCCUUGUUUGAGGACGAAGAAUACAUUUUUGCCCGUCAUCCACUUUCUGCUACCCCAUUCCUCGUCACGUUUGGGGGCGUGUACGUGGCGGUGGCGGAAUUCUCGCUCGCCAUCCUGCCCUCCUAUCGUACCGGCCUCGUGAAACAAAUGCUCCUUUUAGGCAAGGUCCUCGCCUCAUACAAAGUGACUUGCGUCAAGAUGCGAAUGAAGGAGGUGGUGUUGCGUAAGGCGAUAAGGGUCGGCCCACCGGACACUUGGAUGGACGGGGUUUGUGAUGCCAUCGAGGUGGAAGACGUCGUACAGGAGUUUUACCUCCACGACCCAUUAUUACACAGAAAGAAGAGUCAGAAUAAUAAUGAUGUAGAAGAAUCGUCACAUUUCGAGGAGGAGGAUAAAGUCCACUUCCAGUCUGUGGACGAAGUUCUCAGUAUCUACAGGGGAAGGCUGGAAGAGAAGUAUGACACUUUUUUUGCAGGUAUUCUGCAAAAUGUGGCAGAUUUUUCCGGUUUUCGAGAUCAAGAGUCAGAAUGAAGAAUAAUUUAUGUAAUUCAAAUUGCAAAUAAGUUUUAGGAAAAUGAGUACGUUUUCAGCAUGAGUAAUUACAUGUAUUAAUCAGAAUUAAUUAUUUUAAUACUCUUCGUAAUUAAUCGUAUAAUUUAUUAUUAAUAAUUAAUUUUUGUAAAAUUUUGAAGGAAUAAGAGUAAACGACUUCAUAUUUUUGAAAUCAUAAAACAGGGUUUUUAUACAUAUUUAUUCUCAAGAAUUAACUCUGGUGUUUUAAUAGGUUUCCUUUUCAUCCCUUUCACACAUACUUUUCAAAUGGUAAAACAAAUAAAUAU